AAUUUACAAGCUGCAAUCUCUCCCUUCAUUGGAAAUUUGAGCUAUGGAUCCAAAAUCAUUCAGCACGCUGAGUUGCGCAUGGGACAUCCUUCUGGUUGAGGACAAGAAAGUCCUUCCAAUGGAAAACGCUCUUUCAAGGCUUCUAGUAAGGGACCCCAACCUGGUUGAAGGAAUGGAUCCCACUUCCACCCUAAAUCCAAGCUCCAGAUAUGUGCAUUACAACGAGGGCUCAAUGGAACUCGAUGGAGGAAAUCAUAGGUUGGGAAAUAUGGAGGAUCAGAUCUCUUCUAAGAUCACAACCAUUCCAUUGUCCAAUCUCUAUCUGGACAAGAUUUUGAUGAUGGGAGCAAUGAAAAUGGUCUACCUAGUUGUCCACUUGGAGGAACUAUCGUGCUCAAUGAGAGCUCAGUGGGAGAUUGUUGAAGCUGAUGGCUCUAUAGAUGGUAUAUGGUUGAUCUGGGACAAUACUUGGUUUAAUGUGGACAUCUUCAACAAAGGCCCUCAAGUCAUCCAUGCUCUAGUUAAGGUAAAUCACCAUCCAAAAUGUACUGAUUUUAAUUGGUUUAUUUAUGCGGUGUACAACCGCCCUCAGUUCAAUACAAGAUGUCUUCUUUGGGAGAAUCUAACCCAAUUCUCUCAAAUUGUCAACGAACCUUGGCUAGCCAUUGGUGAUUUUAAUGAUAUCAUCUCUCAGUCUGAGAAAUUUAGAGGUAAUCGAGUUCCUUGAUAUAGGAUUAGAGCAUAUACUGACUGUAUGGACACUUGUAAUCUGUUGGAUUUAGGCUACUAUGGACCUAAGUAUACUUGGGUUAAUAUGAGAUCCUCAUUGUGUUAUUCGUGAGAGAUUGGAUAGAGCUUAGGGAAAUCCUACGUGGAGAGUUAGAUUUCUGAAGGCUUCUGUGGUUCACCUCCCUAUAAUUUUUUUAGAUCAUUGUCCUAUCUUACUGAAUUUAGAUCCCUAUGUCCCAACUCUUGGCAAUAAACCAUUUAGGCUCAA